AUGGCCAGUUUUUACCGCGUAGGCCCGGCCGUUGAGCGACGGGUUGGUACUCUUAAGAUCGACCUCGACUUUCAACUCGGCGUUUUUGCGAGCAACUCUCAAGUGAACAACUUCGAUUACGAAGCCGCCACCACGAUUGACGAAGCCGUCAGCCUUCUCUCCGCCAGCGGAGAACGCGCUCGCGUGCUUGCCGGGGGAACCGACCUCCUGGUGCAACUCCGCGAGCACCUGAAAGAGGCCGACUUGGUCGUCGAUGUGAAGAAGAUCCCUGAACUCACGCAGCUUGACUUCGAUGCGAAGUCUGGCUUGACCCUGGGAGCGUCGACCCCGUGUUAUCGCAUCUAUGAGACACCGGAAGUUGCCGACACCUACGCCGCCCUGGCCGAUGCGGCACGGAUCAUCGGUGGCUGGCAAAUUCAAAAUCGGGCCAGCGUCGGUGGCAAUCUCUGCAAUGCCUCGCCUGCGGCCGAUUCGGUUCCGCCGCUGGUGGUGUACCAGGCCAAGUGCCACAUCGCAGGACCCUCGGGCACCCGCGAGUUGGACGCGGCGAAGUUCUGCACGGGCCCUGGGAAGAACGCCCUGGAGCGAGGCGAGUUUCUAGUGUCCCUCCAACUGCCACCCCAACCAAAGAAUUCAGGCGCCCAUUACCUGCGGUUCAUUCCGCGUAACGAAAUGGACAUCGCCGUGGUUGGCUGUGCCGCUUGGGUGCAGUUGGAUGCCAAGAAAGAAGCCAUCAGCGAAGCGCGUAUCGCGUUGGCCGCUGUCGCCCCCACGGUGGUCACGGCCGACGAUGCCGCAAGCUGGCUCUCGGGCAAGUCGCCCGACGAAUCGACUCUGGAAGAACUAGCCGAUCGCGUGCGGACGGUGGCCAAGCCAAUCAGCGACAUGCGAGGUCCGGCCGAGUACCGUCAACACCUGGUUGGAGUGUUGGCGAAACGGGCAAUCGCCAAGGCCGUUGAAUUCUUGUGCGAGGCCCGACAAAGCCUGCUCGAGGUGUUACGAGACGAACUCAAGCUGACCGGGGCCAAAGAAGGCUGCAACAACGGAAACUGCGGUGCCUGCACCGUGCUGAUGGACGGGCGGCCUGUGGAUAGCUGCAUCGUGUUGGGGGUCGAGGCCGAAGGGGCCGAAAUCACCACAGUGGAAAGCAUGGCCGACGAAAGCGGAUUCCACCCGUUACAGUCGUGCUUUCUGGAAGAUGCCGCCCUGCAAUGCGGGGUCUGCACCCCGGGCUUUCUGGUCGCCGCCAAGGCCCUGCUCGAUCGCAACCCGAACCCGACUGAAGAGCAGAUUCGAUUCGAAUUGGCAGGCAAUCUCUGUCGCUGCACCGGUUACGAUAAAAUCAUCAAAGCCGUGCAACAUGCCGCGAAGAACCUACAGGAGGUGAUCGGCACCCGGCCCGUGCGUCACGACGGGGCCGACAAGGUCACCGGUCGCGCCAUCUACACCAACGACCUCUACCUUCCGGCCAUGGUGCAUGGGAAGAUGCUCCGCAGCCCCCAUGCGCAUGCCAAGAUCAAGUCGAUUGAUACCUCGGCCGCACAACAAUUGCCCGGUGUUCAUGCAGUGAUCACGGGAGCCGACUUCCCCGACUUGGCGAAUAAGACGGCGCACCUGGGCGAAGGUGCGGUGAACCUGGCGCACCUUUCGGCCAACAUCAUGGCCCGCGAUAAGGUGCUGUAUAAGGGGCAACCCGUGGCUGCCGUGGCCGCCGCGACGGCGAGCAUCGCGGAAGAGGCCGUACAGCUCAUCAAGGUUGAAUACGAAGAACUGCCUUCGGUUACCUGGGUAAUGGACGCGAUGGCCGAUGACGCGCCGGUGCUCCACGAGGAGUUGUUCCUCGAUCGCAAUGGCAAGAAGGGCAAGAAGCCGACGAACAUCGCUCAGUACAUCCGCUUCGAGCAGGGCGAUAUCGAAAAAGGUUUCGCAGACGCCGACGUGGUCCUCGAGCGCGAGUUCCGCACCGCGACCGUGCAUCAGGGCUACAUCGAACCGCACGCCACCACGGCACUGUGGAACACCGACGGGCCUUUGAAGAUUUGGACUUCCACACAAGGUUCCUUCACCUGCCGGCAACAAACGGCCGAACUUCUGCAGAUUCCCAUCUCCAGUGUGACGGUGGUGCCCUGCGAAAUCGGCGGUGGUUUUGGCGGCAAGAUCCCGGUUUAUCUCGAACCGGUGGCCGCAGUGCUCAGCCGCAAGUGUGGCCGACCAGUGAAGAUGGCCAUGACCCGGGCCGAUUGCUUCGAGUCGACGGGUCCCACGCCGGGCAGCUUCAUCCGCAUCAAGCUGGGUGCCAAGAAAGACGGUCGCCUAACUGCAGCCCAAGCCUGGAUGGCUUACGACGCGGGAGCGUACCCCACCGGCAUCAUCGGCCCCGGCACCAUGUGCGUUUUCAGUUGCUAUGACCUUCCGAAUGCCUUGGUUGAAGGUUUCGACGUGGUCGAGAACAAACCCAAGUGUGCGGCUUAUCGGGCACCCGGAGCCACACAAGCCGCCUUUGCGUGCGAAUCGGUGGUCGACGAGCUGGCCGAGAAAUUGGGCAUCGACCCGAUCGAGUUCCGCCUGAAGAACGCGGCCAAAGAAGGAACACGUCGCGUGGACGGACCGGUUUAUCCCCGCGUGGGGCUGGUUGAAACGCUCGAGGCCGCCAAGGCAAGCGAGCACUACAAGUCGAAACUCGAAGGCCCUAAUCGCGGCCGUGGUGUAGCCAGCGGCUUCUGGUUCAACAUUGGGCUGAAGUCGAGUGUGGCCGCCAACGUGAACCCUGAUGGCACCGUUACGUUGCUGGAAGGCUCCACCGACAUCGGCGGAACGCGAACUUCAAUCGCCAUGCAACUGGCAGAAACUCUGGGCAUCGCGGCCGAAGCCGUGUUGCCCCAGGUGGUCGAUACCGACAGUGUGGGCUACACCGACGUCACCGGUGGUAGCCGCGUGACGUUCGCCACUGGAAUGGCCGCCUAUAAGGACGUGAAGUUCGACGACGGUUCGUUCGUAUCCGGCGACAACCGCAUCACGUUCAAAGAACUGGCCGGCAAGCUGGCCGAACUCGGCGACCCGGUGGUCGGUCGGGCGACCGUGAGUCCCGAGGGUUCGACGAACAGCUUCGGCACACACAUCGCCGACGUGGAAGUCGACCCUGAGACUGGCAAGGUGACGAUCCUUCGUUACACCGUGGUGCAAGACGCAGGCCGGGCGAUUCACCCCAGCUACUUCGAAGGCCAGAUGCAGGGCGGUGCCGUGCAGGGCAUUGGUUGGGCUCUCAACGAAGAAUAUGUCUACGAUCAGAACAACCGCAUGAGAAACGCCAGCUACCUGGAUUACCGCAUGCCCACAUCGUUGGAUCUUCCGAUGAUCGAAACGAUCAUUGUCGAGGUACCCAACCCCGACCAUCCCUAUGGAGUUCGCGGAGCCGGCGAGGUACCGAUCGUGCCACCCCCGGGUGCCGUGGCGGCGGCGAUUCAUGCAGCCACGGGUGUGCGACCCAAAGAACUACCCAUUUCCCCACCCCGCCUCUGGGCGGCAAUCGAAGCAGCGCGACGCGUGCGCGUUCCCGGUAAGUCAUUGCGGCAAGUGGUAGCAGCCCUAGAGGAAGAAUUCCCCGAACUGCAGGGCCAACUUCGCGAGGGCGAUCGGCUUGUGGCCGGGUUGGCUGCGUCAAUCGACGGUGUGAUGACCACGCAGGGGCUGUUUGCAACCGUGGGGCCCGACAGCGAAAUCCACUUCCUGCCCGCCAUUGGUGGCCGGAGUACGGACGUGAUAUCGAAAGACGACACGCAAACGGACACCGAUCUGGCGGUGAUUGGCGGUGGGCCCGCUGGAGCGACGGUUGCCACGCUCGUGGCCCAGCACGGGCAUCGCGUGACGCUGUUCGAGCGAGACGAUUUUCCGCGGUUUCACAUCGGCGAAUCGCUGAUGCCGGAGACCUACUGGACGUUCAAACGCUUAGGAGUGCUCGACAAGCUGAAGGCAAGCCCCUACGUCCGCAAGUACAGCGUGCAGUUCAUCAACGACACCGGCAAAGAAUCGCAACCGUUCUACUUCGACGAGCACAAGCCGCACGAGUGUUCGAUUACCUGGCAGGUGCUGCGAAGCGAGUUCGACCGGAUGAUGCUCGACAACGCCAAACAGCACGGCGUCGAGGUCCAUCAAGGCGCUCGCGUUCGCGAAGUCCUCUUCGAAGGUGAUCGGGCCUGUGGAGUUCGAGUGCAAGACUCUGAUGGUUCAACUCGGGAUAUCUCCUGCAAGGUGGUGGCCGACGCCAGCGGGCAAAGCUCAAUGAUCUCCAGCCGGCUGAAAUUGCGUCAGGCCGAUCCGCAUCUGCGUAAGGGAUCGAUCUGGACCUACUACCGCGGUGCCCGGCGCGAGUCGGGCCGUGACGAGGGGGCCACGCUCGUGAUGCACACCGAAGGUAAGAAGGGAUGGUUCUGGUACAUCCCGUUGCCCGACGACAUUGUGAGCGUGGGGGUCGUCGGUGAUUUCGACGAGCUGUUCGCCGACCGCCGCGAUCACGGAGAAAUCUUUAACGAACAAGUCGAACUUUGCAUGGCCGCGAAAGAACGCCUGGAAGGAGCCGAACGCGUGGCCGAGUAUCGGGCCACGAAAGAUUUUUCCUACACCUCUUCCGAAGUCGCCGGGCCCGGCUGGGUGCUGGUGGGCGAUGCGUUCGGGUUUCUCGACCCCGUGUAUUCCUCGGGCGUGUUCCUCGCCCUGAAGUCGGGCGAACUGGCCGCCGACGCGAUCGUCGAUGGUUUCAAAGCAGACGAUCUUUCUGCCGCACAACUCGGCCGCUGGUCAGAAGAAUACCGCCGGGGGAUGAAACGCAUGCGGGAACUCGUCUGUGCCUUCUACGAGGGCUUCAGCUUCGGCAAGUUCUUGCGAAAGUACCCCCAAUUCCAAGGCCACAUCACCGAUCUGCUCAUCGGCGACCUGUUCAAAGAAAGCGUCGACGAGGUCUUCCCCCCCAUGACCGCCAUGCGCGAAGAAAUGCGACAGGCGGAAGCGGCGAGCCGGUCGUAG